UGAUCGGACUCCGGUCAACACAGAGGGAGACGGAGACAGACAGGUAAAGAAAGAGUUGUUUUCAGCACAUUUUCCAUUCUCUUCCUUCCUCUGCUGUCUCGAGGAGUUGUCCUCCGAUUUUCAUGGCGGUGUCCUCUCCCUUCCUCUUCUUCCUCUGCUUUACCGUCCUCUCUUUCUCCACCCCACCUGCCCACUCACAGUCCAUACAACUACCAUUCCACCCGGAGGACGUCCUUCCCCUGCUGCCGAGACAGCUCGCGUGGCCCAUCCUCAACUCCCUUCGCAGCCCCGCGGAUCUCCUCCCAACCUUCGUCGGCGCCGCCUCCGCCUCCUCCUCCUCCUCCAAUGGGACCUUGCAGUGGAAAGGCGCGUGCUUCUACGAGAACGCCGCCUGGCUGGAGUUCCACAACAAGAGCGGCAGUGAAUUCGGCGGAGGAACUCUCCACGUCAAGGUCAGCAAAGCCCAUAGUUGGACAUGUUUGGACCUCUAUGUAUUUGCAACGCCGUAUCGUGUGACGUGGGAUUACUAUUUUAGAUCCCGGGAGCACACAUUCGAGUUCAAGGAGUGGGAAGGAAAAGCUGAAUAUGAAUAUGUUAAGAGCAGAGGAGUCUCAAUAUUUCUCAUGCAAGCCGGAAUGAUUGGAACUCUUCAGGCCCUCUGGGAUGUCUUCCCAUUAUUUACAAAUACAGGGUGGGGAGAGAAAUCUAACAUCGCCUUCUUGAAGAAGCACAUGGGAGCUUCCUUUGAGGUCCGCCCCCAGCCUUGGGUUACAAAUAUCAGCGUCGACGACAUUCAUUCGGGAGAUUUUCUUGCAAUAUCGAAGAUCCGAGGGAGGUGGGGUGGCUUUGAAACUCUAGAGAAAUGGGUCAGCGGAACUUAUGCUGGUCACUCAGCCAUUUGCCUAAGGGAUUCGGAAGGAAAGCUGUGGGUUGGCGAAUCUGGACAUGAGAAUGAAGAGGGAGAGGAUAUUGUUGCCAUGGUACCUUGGGACGAAUGGUGGGAAUUUGAGCUCACUAAAGAUGAUGCCAAUCCCCACAUUGCAUUGCUUCCCCUGCAUCCUGAUAUGCGGGCCAAGUUCAAUGAGACUGCUGCAUGGGAGUAUGCACAAAGCAUGGAUGGACAGCCUUAUGGUUACCAUAACAUGAUAUUCAGUUGGAUUGACACUAUCGAUGGAAAUUAUCCACCUCCCUUGGAUGCUCAUCUGGUCGCUUCAGUUAUGACUGUGUGGAAUCAAAUUCAGCCUGCAUAUGCUGCUAACUUGUGGAAUGAAGCCCUGAACAAACGACUUGGGACUCAGGGUCUAGAUCUUCCCGAUAUCUUGGUUGAAGUCGAGAGGAAGGGAUCGUCUUUUGCUGAGUUGCUUACAGUUCCGGAGCAGGAUGAUUGGCUCUACAGCGAUGGGAUGUCGACCUCAUGCAUUGCCUUCGUCCUCGAGAUGUACAAAGCCGCCGGGCUUUUUGAUCCUAUUGCUAGCUCCGUUCAGGUCACGGAAUUCACGAUCAAAGAUGCAUAUUCUCUGAGGUUCUUCGAGAGCAACUCGAGCAGAUUGCCUGGGUGGUGCAACAGAGAGGAUGAUGCGGAGCUUCCGUUUUGUCAGAUUAAAGGGAAGUACCGGAUGGAACUCCCAGGAUACAAUACCCUGGACCCAUACCCACAUAUGGACGAGCGGUGUCCCUCCCUGCCACCCAAAUACUCGAGGCCAGCAAAUUGCUAGCAUCUCGCCUCAGCCAGUUCGAAAUUUUUACUACAGAAGCUGAUGAUACUGCCAGAUUUUGGGUUGGGUAGUGUUUAGUGGUGCAACUGUGUUUGUAGAUAAGGGAUUGGGUUUAUAUUGGUAUGAGAAAAAGUGGGUUGUCCUAACAUAUGCAGUUCUCCUGCCUUCUAAGUUCCCAAGUCCAAUACAAAUCUGUUGGGCUGCAAUUGCUUUUCCAUUUGGGAUGGCUGGACGUGCCCAGAUUCCUCCUGCCUUCAUCCAUCAUGGCUGAUAUUUUGGGAGCUGUUUGCUUU